AUGGCAUUCAAAUUCGCCGUCUUUGCCGCCAUUGUUGCUGUGGCUAAUGCCGUGGCGAUUGGAUACCCCGCUGCUAUUCCAGCCGCUUAUCCAGCUAUUGCCAAAGUUGCUGCUCCAGUGAUUGCCAAGGCUGUCGAUGAUUACGAUCCCAACCCGCAGUAUAGCUACAGCUACCACAUUGCUGAUGCCUUGACUGGGGAUAACAAGGAACAGCAGGAAUCUCGCAGCGGAGAUGUCGUUACUGGAUCAUAUUCUCUAGUUGAGCCUGAUGGCACCCGUCGUAUUGUUGAGUACACUGCUGAUCCAGUCAACGGAUUCAAUGCUGUUGUGCACCGCGAACCACUAGUUAAAGCUGUUGCUCCAGUGGCGAAGAUUGCUGCUCCAUUGGCUUACCCAGCCAUCGCCAAGGUUGCUGCUCCACUAGGAUACCCAGCAUACGGACGAGCCGUCAUUGGUUAA